AUGACGGACGACGAUGACCAGGGGGUCACACUGCAUCGUGAUGGGCCUGCCGAGGAUAGUGACAGCGAUGACGAGGUGAACCUGGACGAAAUGCUCGGGUACAUGCAGCAUCUGAAACAACAAGGGGUGAAGCUCGGCAAGAAGAAGAAGAAGAAGAAGAAGAAGGGGGCUCGUGCGCAGGGCGACGACACUGCUGGACCUUCUAGCUCACCUGUCAAUGAAGUCGCUCCUGCUACCGCGGCGCAACCUACGCCUGCUACUAUGACCGCCGUAGCACCUACCGUCGUAAUCGCUCCUGCCGCUCCAACCGUUCCCGCGCCGAUCACAGCAGGUGCCGGUACUGCUGGCGUUGCAACGAGUGCCGUUGCGACACCUGCUGGCCCCGCGAGUACGGAAGCCUCUGCCGUGACCAACCAUGUGGCCGUCUCAGUUCCAACGGUUGCACCCGCAGUGGAAGAGACUACUGCAAAUGCUGACGCGUCCGCCGUCACCGCCUCAGCUGCUGAUAACGCAACACGCGGAACGACUGCUGGCCGAGUGGUUGGCUCACCGUUUGGAUUUGCCAUCCCAGACCUGUCCGCCACCCAGGGUACGGCUCUCAUCGGUACCCCGCGUCUGGCCACGCCGUCGUUCAAUUUGGACCGGAUCCCGCGCGACGCCAACGGAGCACUCAUUAUCCCUGCCGUCGUCAGUCAUGACAAUCAUUUCGGGAGAAAGGCAACUGAGGCGAUCACGUACCUUAUGUUGGAUGCGCCAGCUCGGUCUACGCAGAUUUACCCCGAGUGGGCAGAGUUCCGCGAAGUUGUCUGCAUGAAGUACGAGGCCGCGGGCGUUUCAUCCAGCGUUUUCUACUACGUCAUCAGCAACGACCUCAGCAAAGAGGCGCUGGCGAUGCGGAAGGUGUCGGAGAAGCGUUCAAACGUCAACUCUGACGCGAAGCUCUACGGCAGAGGCCCUGGGGGGAUGUCGUUCUCUUCAAAACCUCCAAUACCCAUUUCAAUCUACGUAGUUACCCGCCUAUCCGCUACCCUGUCGCUGUCUCGCAACAUUCCUGCCGUUCCGCCACGAUCGAGCUACGAGCGAGCCGGCGCAAUGGACUCAUUCAAGGGCGGCUCUAAAGGCGCGACGGCAGUGGCAGCAGCGGCGGAGAGGAGAGGGUCGCUGAGGCAACGCAAGGUGGCAGCAGAUGUGGUGGCGGUGAUGCUGGAUGAAGGCACGCGGAAACGGGCAGCGGCGGCGCGAUUAGAGGCUCUAGAGAGUGACUAUACCGGGGUGGAUGCUGCUGUGGAUGAUGACGAUGAUGUGUUUAAUGCGGAGGAGGAGUUGGUGCAAGAAGGUUUUGCACCGGCCAAGCGAGUGAGCCGGCCGGGCAAGAGGCGGACGAGGCAGGCUGCUGCAGCGGUGGUGAGCCGAGCGAGCAAGCGAACUCCCAAGACGUUUGCAGAGCUGUUAGAGGAGGCGAGUCUAGAAGCCCUGCCACCAGGCACGCCCUCCUACCUCACAGCAGCAGUGGGGCCCCCAACAGCCACCUCAGUGCGGCGAUUCUGCUCCGCGUGUGGUGCGCACGCGCCCUACACAUGCCCCCGCUGUGCCGCCCGCUUCUGCUGCAUCAGCUGCCAAAGACUACACAACGAAACCCGCUGCCUCAAGUUUGUUAUGUAA